AUGUUUUCCAAGCCCUUCAAGCCACUGACAAUUCGGAAAACAGCAGAAACCAACGAUCUCACUAGGGAGCUGCCUGCCAAAAGAAGAAAACUCAGUCCUCCAGAUGUGCCAACUCUUGCAUCGCAGCGCCAACCACUUGUCAAUGCUGCGGCGGACGACAAAGGCGGGAGCAGGCGCCCCUUGAACCCGAUUCAUAACCCUCCAAGUCCUGAUGAGACUGCAAAGCCAAGAGAGGGCAAAGGGUUCGAAAAUUACUACUCAGUCCUCUGGCGCAUUCCCACCAACAAAAAGAACAAAACAUGGACGGACGACGGACUGCUUGUGGUCAGUGGUGGUUAUGCUUCCUUGUAUAAUAACACUGGAAAGAACAUUGGCCGUGCUGCCUUUGCAUACCCCCUGCUUCCAGGUUCCAAUUUGUCUGUCGGUGGCAAAGAGAUCGAGGUGGACGCGUGCAUAUCGAGAGAUGAAUACCUUGCUGCAGUCAGACUCGGAGGCUCAUCUGGAAAGCAGAUACAACAAAACGCAUCAAAGUCAGAUGAUCCUGGACUUCUCGCUCCGCAACCUUCUAAAUUAAGUUUGAGAGACCAGAUGAAGGCUGAGAUCCAGAGGGAAAAGGCAGAAAAGCCAAAAGGGACACGUUCUGAACUUGCUCUUCCUCGGACUUCGAUAUUCAAGCAGCCACUCAAAGAAACAACAGUAUUGCCUCAAGUCUCAAAGGAAAAACCGAUUCCUCGCCAUGAUCCCAACGCUGCAGGGUCUCUUGUGUUCAAGCGUCCACACCGUGUACCAGCCGGUCGGCAGGUGGUGGAUGUUGUCCUAGAUCCAGCGGUUGGCCAGCAUUUGCGACCUCACCAAAGAGAAGGAGUCAAAUUUCUCUAUGAGUGUGUCAUGGGUCUUCGCGACUUCAACGGACAAGGUUGUAUCCUUGCAGAUGAUAUGGGACUAGGGAAAACACUAACUACAAUUGCCUUGCUGUGGACCUUGCUCCGACAGAAUCCAAUUCAUAAAAAGUCCCCAGUUGUGAAAAGAGCUUUGAUCGUUUGCCCAGUAUCGCUGAUCCGUAAUUGGAAAAGAGAGUUCAGGAAGUGGCUUGGACUUGAUCGAUUAGGAGUACUGGAAUUUGAGGACCAGAACACGAGCUUGAACAGUUUUGACGGUAGAGUUUAUCAAGUUAUGAUCAUCGGCUAUGAAAGACUACGCACUGUCGCAGAUGAUCUUGCUUCAGGUCCUCCGAUUGACAUUGUCAUAUGCGAUGAAGGACACCGGCUGAAAACAAUGAAAAACAAAAGCAGUCAGGCAAUCGAAUCGUUGAACACUCCGAGGCGCAUCAUCCUAUCAGGCACCCCAAUUCAAAACGACUUGGGCGAAUUUUAUGCCAUGGUGAAUUUUGUGAAUGAUGGAUGUUUAGGCUCCCAAAAAGGGUUUUCCAAAGAUUUUGAGAACCCUAUCAUGAAGAGCCGACAGCCAAAUGCGUCUGACGAAGAUAUUGAGCGAGGCCAGGAUGCUAGCAACGAGCUCGCCAACGCGACUGCUCAAUUCAUUCUCCGGAGGACUGCUGAUAUUCUGGCCGACUUUCUCCCUCCGAAAACAGAGUUUGUCCUCUUUUGCAAACCUACGCCAGCGCAAGCAAAGAUCUACAAGAGUGUUCUACAUUCAUCGAUGUUUGACACUGCUCUACGCAGUAACGAAACCGCGUUUCAAUUGAUCACGAUCUUGAAGAAGUUGUGCAAUAGCCCGGCCCUGAUGGAUCCAAAAUACGGCAAUGAUGAUGCCACACCAUCAGCAUCAUUGACAACCCUGAAUGAGAUGCUUCCUGCUGGUCUCUCGAAGCUGUACCAUAACUCUGUCUCCUCCAAGAUACGACUCUUGGAUUGUCUCUUGCAAGAAAUUCAUAGUGCAACCGAUGAAAAGGUAGUGAUUGUGUCCAACUACACAUCCACACUCAACUUGAUCGAGCAAUUACUAAGCAGCACUGGGCUGACUUAUCUGCGCCUCGAUGGUUCUGUUGCUGCAAAGAAACGACAAGGCUUGGUGGACCAAUUUAAUCGCUCCAAGUCCUCACAGUCGUUCGCUUUUUUACUGAGCGCGAAAGCUGGUGGAGUUGGCCUCAACUUGAUCGGAGCAAGUCGAUUGGUGUUAUUUGAUGUAGACUGGAACCCUGCCACCGAUGAUCAGGCAAUUGCACGUAUUCAUCGGCAAGGUCAACAAAGGCACUGCAAAAUCUAUAGGUUUCUCAUCAAGGGGAGUCUUGAAGAGAGAAUCUGGCAGAGGCAAGCUGUGAAACGGGCAUUAGCAGACAGCAUAAUGCAAGCUGGCACGGCUGUCUCGUCUGGUGCGAAUGAUGGCGGCAAGAAAGGAAAGAGUAGUACCUCGACUUUCAGCCAAGCGGAAUUGAGGGAUCUAUUUCGGCUAGACGAGAACGAGGGACUUCGGACGCAUGAGCUGAUCAGGUGCGGCUGUGAAGGCACUCGUGGAAAUUGCAAUGCACAAGAGGAAAGUUAUCUUCCACAAGAUGGUGCCAAGCACGAGAAACGAAUGCAGGACCUCAUGGAUUCAUUUGAUGACGAGCUUCCAGAGAUCUCGGACUUGCCCUCGAUCGAUAGAUGUAGUCGCAAAAAAUGGACUGGAGCAAGCACACCUGUCAAAACCGGACUGGAGGCCGAAAGGCAAGAACUGAUGAAGUACUCGCAUCUGAAUACUUCUGUGCUUUGGAGUGGAGACACGAGUCCAGAUGUGACAAGCCGCCUCCUGGAAAUGGUCGAAGAUGCUUGCUUGGAAAAAACGCUGGGCAUCGAUCAAAAGACUAUUGGGGGCGGAGGUGUUGCCUACCUGUUCAAAAAGACCAAAGGAAGCCAACUAUUCAGAGCAGAAGGAGCAGAAGUUUGA